CGACUAGCAGCAACCAUGGACAAGAUCCGCGAGCGCCUUACUUCCCUCCGCGCCGAGGCCGACGCCGCCAUCGCCCGCGCAGAGACUGCCGAGGACAAGGUCAAGAAGCUCGAGCUCGACGUGCUCCAGAAGGAGCAGGAGAUCGCGUCGCUGCAGCACAAGAACCAGACGCUCGAGGCCGACGUCGACUCGCUCGAGGCCAAGCUCACCGAGCACAAGGGCGCAAAGGAGGACGAGGAGACGCACCGCUCGGCGAGCGAGGCCCUCACCCGCAAGGUCGACCUCCUCGAGAGCGAGCUCGACCGGUCCGAGAAGCAGCUCAAGGAGGUCACCGACAAGCUGCGCCAGACGGACGUCAAGGCCGAGCACUUUGAGCGCCAGAUCACGCGUGUCGAGCAGGAGCGGGACCAGUGGGAGAAGAAGUACGAGGACGCCGUCGACAAGUACAACAAGAGCAAGGCCGAGCUCGACGAGCUCGCGCGCGCGAUGGAGGACAUCUAGAGCAGCUCUGGGUCUCUCUCCACGCUCUCCCUCUCCUGCAGUUUCCCCCUCACGCCGUCGCCCAUGUCGUUAUCCCUCCACCGUCUGUGCACCCCGCUCCCUCCGUUGCAGCCGCACCUCCCUCUCCUUCCCUCCCUCCCCUUCUGCCCGCUUGGCCGUGUAGUCCCCCUCCUCCUCUCGUCGUCGAGACGACGAUCUCGCAGUGCGACUCUCCCUUUCGUCCGUG